AUGCAGAGAGCAGAUAACUCAAAAUCGGAUGACUACAGUGGAAACAAAUGUGAAUUUAAGGGUUUAAAAAAUUACCUUAAUUUCCUGGAAUGGUGGCAUGCUAAAUUCAUCCGCUGCUCUAACUGUGGCAAAUGCUGUCCCAAGGAUAAGUCGAUCAAGAGGUUUCUUGUGAGAAACAUUGUGGAACAAGAUGCUGUGAGGGAUGUUAAGGAAGCCUGCGUCUAUGACUCUUACACUCUGCCGAAGUUGUAUGUGAAGAUGCAAUACUGUGUUUCGUGUGCGAUUCACUCCCAUGUUGUGAGAGUCCGAUCCCGCACUGACAGGAGGAACCGUGAUCCACCCCAGCGCUUCAUCAGACGCUGGGAUGACUUGCCAAAGCCGGGUCAGCCCGGUCAAGCUCCGCGUUCUGGUGUUGCCGUUCCUCCUCGUCCUUAGGGUGUAUGAAAUCUAAGAUGAAUUUCUAUGUUUUAUUUUUCUUUAAAAUGUUUGCUUAAUUUUAAGAACACGGAGAUGUGUAGGAAAGUUUUGAUUACUUGAAAGUUUAAUAGUCAUUUUGAUACUUUUUAUAAUUUCUGUAAGACAUGAUGGUUGAGAAUGCUAGUUGAUAUCUCAUAAGCAGCACAUGCU